CACGCACGCACACACACACACACACACAAUCCUGUCUCAUAUUUGGCUGCAGCUCGAGCGCACUGGAGCUCUUACACACCACUGAAACGACCUCACGUCCUACAAAGACCCUCGUUUUCGAUGAAGCAGUGAUUUCAUUUGCUCGAAAAUAAAAACAGAGAACAGAAAGAUCCUGUCGCUGUGUGAAAAUGAGAUGUAUUCGGGCCGUUUCUUGGCAUUGGAGAGAUUUUUGAGGAUGAUGCGCGAGCGAGGAGCAAACAGUAUCGGUAACGGGCACGGCUCAGGGACGUGUGAAGCUGACAACGAGAACGCGCUUUUCACGAGAUGAGGUCUGACUUACCACAGCUACAGAAAUGGUGUAUGCUUUGCCGAUGGACGCUGCGAAGCCAUCUCUGCACACAACACUCCUGACAUAUCUGAUGCCUAACAAUUCAGAGAGGGACAAUGUGUCGGGUCUCCCAGCCAGUUCCCCCACACCUGUCUGCAACCUCGACACGUCCUCGUUUCAUCCCAACAGCACCCGUGUGUCCUAUGAGCUCACUCCGGCAGAAGUGACCAUUCUUGGGCUGAUAUUUGGGGUCUUUUGGCUGGUCUCGGUUUUAGGGAAUGCUUUAGUUUGUCUGGUGAUACAUCGCAGUCGCAGGACUCAGUCGACCACAAACUACUUUGUGGUGUCUAUGGCUUGUGCUGAUUUGCUGCUGAGCCUGGGCUGCGCUCCAUUCGUUCUGCUCCAGGUCUCGUCCGGGUAUUGGCCCCUGAGUGCGGCGGCCUGCAAGGCGGUGCGUUACCUCCAGCACCUGUGCCCUGGCGUGCAGGUCUACGUGCUCCUUUCCAUCUGUGUGGAUCGCUUCUAUACCAUUGUGUAUCCACUGAGCUUUAAAGUGUCUCGGGAAAAAGCCAAACGCAUGAUUCUGGCGUCAUGGCUCUUCGACGCAGCCUUCGUCUCGCCGUGCCUCUUCUUCUACGGAUCUUCAUCGUCAGCUGCACAAAGACACUGCGAGUUUUUUCUUCCAGGAUCUUGGGAUGGUCUGGCCUAUGCUUUGAUUCACCUCCUGUUUGGGUUCCUGGUUCCGGCACUUCUUAUCUUAUCCUUCUACCAGAGGGUCGUGCGCUACAUCUGGCGGAUCAGCGCGGAUGGACGCACGGUGCGCAGGACUAUGAACAUCGUGCCCAGAACAAAAGUGAAAACCAUUAAGAUGUUUCUUAUGCUCAACACUGUGUUCCUCCUCACGUGGAUGCCUUUUUACGUAGCGCAGCUUUGGCAUCCUGACGUAUCUGCCGGCCCUAGCAGGCAGGGGGUGCUGUUCUUUGUUGCGAUCGCCUGGAUGUCGUUCAGCUCAACUGCUUCAAAGCCAACACUCUACUCGGUGUACAAUGCCAAUUUCAGACGAGGGAUGAGAGAGACGUUCUGUAUGUCAUCGAUGAAGUGCUACCGGAGCAAUGCAUACACCAUCACUGCCAGUUCACGGAUAGCUAAAAAAAAUUACGUGGGUGUGGUAGACUUGCCCAUGCCGGCAAAAACUCUGAUUAAAGAUUCUGUUUAUGACACUUUUGACCGAGAAGCAAAAGAGAAAAAACUGGCAUGGCCUAUAAGCGUCAACCCACCAAACACAUUCGUAUAGAACGGCACGGUGAUAUGUCCGUUCAAACGAACUCAAAGGUGCUCAGGCUCACAUUUUUUGGAAUACACCUUGCAUGACAAGCAGACAAGCAGGACAUGACAAGAGCAAAAAUAUCUGAUAGUAACCAGGUGUCUAGCUCAUGCUCAUGUGUUUCGUGAUGAGAAGCACGAUCGUGUCAUUUGUCUAUAGUACAUUACCUAAUAUUAAAUUGUUGUAUGUUGUUUCUCAUGAUCAUAAAUGUUGUGAUGUAAAAGAAACCAGCAGGUUGUGGAGGGAAAGUGAGAGAACUAUGAGCCUCUCUUUGUCUAUAUGUCCAUGGAGUCUAGAUUUGUUUCAUGGGUUUGUGAUGAACGUUGAACGGCGAUGAAUCUACGCCGCAGUCGAGAGACGCGCUUUCUCACGACGCUCCGAUUGUGAUGAUGCUUUCGUUUCGUUUCGUUUAUUACCAUAGAGUGUUACUUCCUGUAGGAAACAUGUCCUGUUCCAGUAAAUGUCCAAAACUGUGUUGCAUUAAACAAUGACAAGCAAAGAAUUAUAAUAAAAAACGCAUCAGUUGCACAUCAA